AAUGUAUUAAAAUGUAGUGGGACAGCGUGAGCUCAUACUUGUACGCGCAGAGGGCUCGUGCUGUGGGAGUGUGCGAUGCUUGCGGACUUUCCAGCGAAUAUCCAGAAGCAACUGAGGACUCAACUAACUUCAGUCUUACAGGGAAAAGAGACAGUCUGCAUAAAAUAAUUAAUAGUAAAACAGAUAAACCAACAGAACAGCUGACAGCUCGGGACCAACCCACCACCACCACGCUGGCAAUCUUUUGUGCCUCGGACUGUUAAUUCAUCCGAACCGUUGGAUUAAACGUCUUAAAACCCAACAACUUUAAAAGUAAACGAUUUUUAAAGGACUGUCAACGUGUUUUUUUCUCUUUACAUAAGAAGUUUAGUUCACAAAUUUUGCAACAUGUUCAGCUGGGCGAACAAGGACGGGAAGAAAAAGGAUCCCGAACUAUUUCAGACUGUUUCUGACGGGCUGAGACGGCUUUACAAAACCAAAUUAUUCCCGUUGGAAGACACGUACCGCUUCCAUGACUUUCAUUCUCCGGCUCUGGAAGACGCCGAUUUCGAUAACAAACCAAUGAUACUUUUAGUGGGACAGUAUUCCACGGGAAAAACCACUUUUAUUCGGCAUCUCAUGGAGCAGGAUUUCCCUGGAAUGCGCAUAGGCCCCGAACCGACCACCGACUCAUUCAUUGCGGUGAUGCACGGGGACCAAGAGGGGCUCAUUCCGGGCAACGCUUUAGUGGUUGACCCCAAGAAACCUUUCCGAAAACUAAAUUCCUUUGGAAACGCCUUUCUGAACAGGUUUGUAUGUGCUCAGAUGCCAAAUCCAGUGCUGGAGAGCAUCAGCAUCAUAGACACUCCUGGAAUUCUGGCCGGAGAGAAGCAGAGAAUCAGCCGAGGUUAUGAUUUUGCUGCAGUUCUCGAGUGGUUUGCUGAACGUGUGGACCGCAUCAUUCUUCUCUUCGAUGCGCACAAGCUGGACAUCUCCGAUGAGUUCUCCCAGGUGAUCCGGGCCCUGAAGAACCACGAGGACAAGAUGCGAGUGGUUCUCAACAAAGCCGACCAGAUCGGCACCCAGCAGCUCAUGAGGGUUUAUGGCGCCCUCAUGUGGUCGCUUGGUAAAAUCGUCAACACCCCAGAGGUCAUCCGAGUGUAUAUUGGCUCAUUCUGGGCUCAGCCGCUGCAGGUUCCGGAUAACAGGAAACUGUUUGAGGCAGAGGAGCAGGACCUUUUCCGCGACAUGCAAGGACUUCCGCGUAACGCAGCGCUGCGCAAGCUGAAUGAUCUUAUCAAACGGGCACGUCUGGCAAAGGUCCAUGCCUACAUCAUCAGUGCUUUGAAGAAAGAAAUGCCAAACAUGUUUGGGAAAGAGAAUAAGAAAAAGGAGCUCAUCGCUAACCUGGGUGAAAUCUAUGCAAAGAUUGAAAAAGAACAUCAGAUAUCCCCUGGGGAUUUCCCUCAAUUGUCUAAAAUGCAGGAAAUCCUUGCUGCCCAGGACUUCAGUAAGUUUCAGGUAAUGAAGCCUAAGCUACUGGAAGCAGUGGAGGACAUGUUGGCCAACGACAUUGCCAAACUUAUGACCCUCGUUCGCCAGGAGGAGGCUGCCAUGCCCAGCCAGUCUGUCCAGGGUGGUGCUUUUGAGGGCACCAUGAAUGGACCUUUCGGGCACGGCUACGGAGAGGGAGCCGGCGAAGGCAUCGAUGAGCUGGAGUGGGUUGUGAUAAAAGACAAACCAACUUAUGAUGAGAUCUUCUACACCCUGUCGCCUGUCAACGGGAAGGUCUCAGGUGCUAUGGCCAAGAAGGAGAUGGUUAAAUCCAAGCUGCCUAACACUGUUCUAGGGAAAAUCUGGAAGCUUGCUGAUGUGGAUAAUGAUGGCUUCCUGGAUGAUGAGGAGUUCGCCCUGGCUAACCACCUCAUCAAGGUUAAACUAGAGGGUCACGAGUUACCCGCUGAGCUUCCGGAUCACCUUGUGCCUCCUUCUAAACGAGGACAGUGAUCAAAUUUAGGGGGAAAUUGUAUUAUUGAGCCUAAUUGAAGAGAGGUUGUGUAUAUGGGUGGAAGAGCGGUUUAUGAAUAUAACAAAUAUAUAAACAGAGUUUAUGAUGUAAUUAAACGAUAUGUGUUAGCUGUGAAAAAGAGCCAAACAGCUUUUAACUUAUACAUCUCUACAGUUUAUUUUCAUAAUUAUGCUCAUAUUUGUAUCAUCUUUGUUGUUGUUAGAACAGGUAGAUAUCAACUUAAUUGAAACCAAGAAUAUUAAUAAAUUAGCUUCUCAAAUUCUAAUUUAAGCCUGUUUCAGUUUUUACAAUGGUAUGCUGUUAGGAAAUUUUCACUAUGACCAAAAUGUCUGUAUUAAAAAGCUCUUGGAGGUCAAAGAGAUUGUUCACGUUUAACAUGAAACUUGUCAUUAAAUUGUUGCAUAUCAUAUUAAUGCUUUUCUCCUGUACUUUAUUUCUCAAAUUUAAAGUUAUGCUGGGAGAAAUUGUUUAACUCUUGUGAAUUAUAUGAUGGUCUAUGUUGUGCAUAUUGUUAAUCUACAGUAUACUUACACAAUAUGACACAAUCCUUAUAGUUUAAGUUUGUCUGAUUUAAUCAUUAUUUUCCUCAAGUUUGUCAAUGGAUAAGCAGGGAUGUGUUUGUAGAAUCCAUAAAUGAUUAACUGUUCAUCUAAUUGUGUUGUGCCAUUAAGUUUGGUUAUUAUUAAAUUACACCUGGGAUGCUUUCCUUCCAUGGUUCUUCUCUUUCAUUUUGCUCUGAAAUGAGUAGGAUGUAGUCUACCGUUAAUACUAUUUGUGUUUUACAAAGUAGUUUGACUUUGUACAGAUUUUCAAAUUGUUUAAACUGUAAAAACACAUGACGACAGUCAUGUUUUAAACAAGUACUUUGUUAAUUCAUGUUGUGUUAUGAGUCAUGGUUUAAGUGCCUCAGCCUGCUAAUACAAAAAGCUCUUUACACUCCAUCUAUGAAUGCUUUUCAUAUGUAUAUUUUUUGGUCUUGUUUGCAAUAAAAAGAUACAACAAGCCUG